AUGAAAGAGCCCGACUGCCUGGAUCAUGAUGUCACUCACAGCUCAAUGGAUUCCUCACGUGUGUUUGUGCUCUGUCUGUCUUCAGUGUGUGGUAAACCUCUGCUCAACACCAGGAUUGUUGGAGGGCAGCCGGCCCCUGAGGGCAGCUGGCCCUGGCAGGCCAGUCUGCAGAGAGGCGGAGGCCACUUCUGUGGAGGGUCUCUCGUUAACAGCGAGUGGGUGGUGUCUGCUGCUCACUGCUUCAGCAGCACCAGCACCAGCAACCUGGCCGUGUCUCUGGGUCGUCAGAGUCUGGAGGGAUCCAACCCCAACGCAGUGACUCGGACUGUAGUGCAGAUCAUCCGUCACCCCGACUACAACACUGAUACUAAUGAAAACGACAUCAGCCUGCUGAAGCUCUCAUCGCCUGUGAUUUUCAACAACUUCAUCCUGCCCGUGUGCCUGGCAGAGCCCGGCAGCUCCUUCUUCAGCGGCGUCAACUCUUGGGUCACCGGAUGGGGCAACAUUGGAUCUGGAGUGUCCCUUCCUUCCCCGCAAGAACUGAUGGAGGUGGAGGUGCCGAUCGUGGGAAACAGGAAGUGUAACUGUAACUACGGAGUGGGCACAAUCACAGAAAACAUGAUCUGUGCCGGGUUAGAGGCCGGAGGGAAGGACUCCUGUCAGGGCGACUCGGGGGGGCCACUGGUGAGCAAGCAAGGCGACCGCUGGGUCCUGGCAGGGAUCGUGAGUUUUGGAAAUGGUUGUGCCUUGGCUAAUUUCCCUGGAGUCUACGCCCGUGUAUCUAGUUAUCAGUUAUGGAUCAACAGUCACAUCACCAGCGACCAGCCGGGCUACGUCAGAUUCACGUCCACCGGGACUGACAGUGACCUCAGCGUCACCUGUGCUGGCCUGGCACCGCCGCCAACAACUACCCUGCCAACAACCACCCUGCCAACAACCACCCUGCCUACAACCACCCUGCCUACAACCACCACAGCCAAACCUGUGGUCUGCGGCCAAGCCACAAUGAACUCGCGUAUCCUGGGGGGAAGCUCGGUAUCAUCGGCUGGUUUGUGGCCGUGGAUCGCCAGCCUGCAGAAGAAUGGGAGCCACAUGUGCGGCGGGACUCUGGUGGCUGUUGAUGCAGUUUUGAGUAACGCCAACUGCUUUUCAAGCAGCUCCCCCGUACCGUCUGAGUGGACCGUGGUUUUGGGUCGGCUGAAACAGAACGGAUCCAACCCUUUUGAGAUGACACUAAACGUGAGAAACAUCACUGUGAGUAACCUCACCGGGUCCAAUGUGGCGGUGCUGCAACUGGAAACCAAUCCCACCCUGUCCACCUACAUCCAGCCCAUCUGCCUGGACAACGGACAGACCUUCAGCGAGGGCUCCACCUGCUAUGGCGCAGGCUGGAGCGCCGGACGAGGCGGGGAGGAAGAAGUUCUGCAGGAGUUCCAGACCUCAGUUGUGAGUUGUGGAAACGCUUCAACAAGUGACAGAAUUUGUACAGGGUCGUUCACGUUGGAGCAGGGUGACUCUGGCGGUCCUCUGAUGUGUAAGGUGGGUGGAUCUUGGUUCCAGGCGGCCGUGUUGUCCUUAGAAAACAACUCCAGAGGUCGUGCACGAGCCGAUCAGAUGAUGGUCCUGGAAAAACUGAGCACUUUUAAGAACUUCUUGGAGAACACGGUGGGAGCGUUUUUAUCACCGGCCUCCAGCAGCAACAGCAGCAGCAACAGCUCCAGCGUUAACACCACAGCCUCUACCAGCAUGACCACGGCCAGCAGCAGUGUGGACGUCCCUCACCCCUUCAUCAUGUUCUCCCAUCUCCUCCUCUUCGCCCUGUGUCUCCAACUCUUCAUAUAGAAGCUUCCCUCUUUUGACCGGAACAAAUCAACACAAACAACCUUUGAUUUGAGAGACUUUUACUGACUGUGUGAAACCGACACGAUCAGAUCUGAGGAGAGUGACGUGUAAACACAUCUAACUACAAAAUGACGCAUUUUAUUUUUGUAAUAUUGGAACACUAAAUGUUCGUAUGUGAUUGAAAGACUUAAUGUUUGUUAAAGUUGACUGACAGAGAAAAAACAAAGGUACUGAAGAUUCAGUCGGAGGAGAGCACGGUAAAAUUUGACUCCGUUAACCGUUAAAAAAAGACGUUAACUCCGAUAACAGAUAAGCUACCGUUAACAUAAACACCUAGCGAAAGUCCGACAGUCCACCUUAGCCUCCCGCUGCGACGGAAAGACCGGUAAAAGUUUUAAUCUAGACAUUAUAUACAUCAAGAUUCAAAGAUUACUUCAGCUGCAACGCAAGUCGGUUAUUGGCUCACUGGUGGCACCUAGGGGUGAGAAGUCACAUGAUACGGAUUUAGGCUAAAGUAAAGUCAGGUAACGGGAAAUGACGACGUUGCAAAACAACGGAAGUUUGAGUUUUGAUAAUUAUUAAUCAAAUUAACAUUCACAUUUAAAGUGGAUUAGAAAAAGUAACCAAUUAUUAACGGAUUAACGGACGCACGCCCAGCUCUGUGCGGUAUCUUAUGGUUGUUUAUCCAUUGAACUUCCUUUGUUGAGGUUGAUAUCCUGUUGAUGAUUUUGAGCCAGAAAGACACUUAGAAUGUGAAUGAACCACUUUAAGACUGAUCGUCAUUAGAGCCUUAAGCCUUUAAUCUUGCCUUCAGAUUUCUGGUGCUGAGAGUGACUACAUUUGGGGAAAAGGGGCGUGGCUUAAGAAGAAAACACUGGUUAGCCAGUGAGUAAUUAUUAAUUUUACUAGCUCAGAAGGAUUAAAAACAGGAAUCAAGGGGGGGUAUGGAGACUGAUAUCCAUGAAUGGUGUCAUAGUGCUUAACGUAAGAACAUCUACGCAACACAUUGACGACACUUCACGGCUAGCUAGCGCUUACAUCUCAUGUAACACGUCGGAGGGAUGUUAACAGGGUGACGCAAAGGAAAAAUUAAUGUGAACCACAACAUCUAUUAGGAGGUUAAAUGUGACAAACAGAGAAAAUGAUCUGCGUACACUUUAGUGUUUUGACGGGACUUAGAGUCCCCCCUGCUGGACGUUAGGAGAACUGUAGGUUUAAAUAGCUUCACU